AUGGAAAAGACACAAAGAGUGCAAAAUGUAGCUUCAUUAUCGAAUGAAACAAUUCCAGCAGAGUUUGUUAGGUCCGAAAAAGAACAACCUGGAAACUCAACUGUUAGAGGGACCCAAUUAGAGGUUCCUCUAAUUGAUUUUAGUAACCCAGAUGAGGAAAAAGUGUUACAUGAAAUCAUAGAUGCGAGUUGUAAAUGGGGAAUGUUCCAAAUUGUUAAUCAUGAAAUACCUACAGAACUUAUAACCAAACUUCAAAGUGUUGGAAAAACGUUUUUUGAGUUACCUCAAGAAGAAAAGGAGCAAUAUGCUAAACCUCCUGAUUCUAAAUCUAUUGAAGGUUAUGGAUCUAAGCUUGGUAAUGAUAUUGAUAACAAGAGAGGUUGGGUUGAUCAUUUGUUUCAUAAGAUAUGGCCACCUUCGGAUAUUAACUAUCGAUUUUGGCCUAAAAAUCCUCCUUCUUACAGAGAGAUCAACGAGGAAUACGGCAAACACCUACAUGGGGUUGUAGACAAGUUGUUCAAAAACUUGUCAAUAGGGUUAGGGCUUGAAGGUCAUGAGCUAAAGGAGUAUGCAGGGGGUGAUAACAUGGUUCACUUGUUAAAGAUCAACUAUUACCCACCUUGCCCCUGUCCUGAUCUUGUUCUUGGUGUUCCAGCUCAUUCAGACAUGUGUUUUAUCACGCUUCUUGUCCCAAAUGAUGUUCAAGGUCUUCAAGCCUCUAGAGAUGGACAAUGGUACGAUGUUAAGUAUGUCCCCUCGGCUUUUGUAAUUCACAUUGGCGACCAACUGGAGAUAAUGAGCAAUGGAAAAUACAAGGCUAUAUUACACAGAACAACAGUGAGCAAAGAUGCAACAAGAAUUUCUUGGCCAGUGUUCAUAGAACCGCAACCAGAGCAAGAAGUUGGGCCUCACCCAAAACUGGUUAACCAAGACAACCCACCAAAAUUCAAGACCAAGAAAUACAAAGAUUAUGCAUACUGUAAGCUCAAUAAGAUCCCUCAGUAAGUGAAACUGCUUGUACCAAUUCAGACAUAUUGCAGGCUGUUAUAGUAUAAUUAGAGAAAAAGCUAAGUCCUCAAAGUAGAGUGGACAAAUUGGUUAGUGAAAAUGGACUUGUGUCACUUGAUCUAAUAAUUAAUCCGAAAGGAGGAGGAGGAAUGAUGUGUAAA